AUGUGUUGCAAUUACUAUAGAAACUCAUGUGGUAGCUGUGGUUAUGGCUGUGGCUGUGGUUCUGGAUAUGGCUCUGGCUCUGGCUGUGGAUACAAAUCUGGCUAUGGCUCUGGCUGUGUCUAUGGUUCCAGAUAUGGCUGUGGCUAUGGUUGUGGAUAUGGCUCUGGCUAUGGCAAUGGCUCUUGCUGUGGAUAUGGUUCCAGAUAUGGCUGUGGCUAUGGAAGCGGCUGCUGUACCUACUGA